AUGAUUUUUUUAGAAGAUUUCUCACAUAUUUUGAAGCAUAUCAAUGAUGAAGUUACUGUUGACAUACUCUACAAUAAUCACAUUAAUGCAUAUCUAUUACUUUCACCCCAAUCUGCUUCGAUUCUAAAAUUUAAUGAUUCAGAACCAGAAAUCAAAUCGACAUUUAACUUUACCACUCAACAAUUGCAAAAUGAUAUCUUGUGCGCAGCAACAUUUAUUGGGAAAUUAUCCUUUGCGUGCUUAAGUUCAAUGGGAAAAAUAUUUUAUUUUGAAAUUGGUAAACAAUAUAGUGUUAAUUAUGUCAAGCAAAUAAUGAUCAAAGAAAAUGUACACUUUACAUCCAUCUCAUCCUACAAUGGAUUCAUUGCUGCAGGGGAUAACCAAGGAAACUUUCGACUGAUAUCAACAGAAUCUGUAAAUUCUGAUAAUUUUUGCAUAUCCAUUAGUUUUAAAGUCUGUGAAUGGCCAAUUAAACACCUUUCUCUUAGUUCAAGAAAAGGAAUUAUUUUAUGUGCAGAUGGAUCUACAAAAUUAUUCAGCAUUGAUCGAACCAUACUAUCGAAUAGCAAAUAUGAACUGAAAUCAGCCAUAAUUCAUACUUCUGGAGUUUCAUUGGUUGCUGCUUCUCCAAAAUCUCCAUAUAUCGCACAAUAUCUUCCUUCUGGAGUACUACAUAUUACAAAUUUCAAAAAUUUUGACCAAAAAAUCAAUGGUUGUCCUCAGAUUUUUAGUUUUGCGUUCAGCAGUGAUGGACAAACGAUAAUUGGUGCAACUCAUGAAGGUUUCAUUGCAUGGUCAUCACGUUGUCAACGAUUAAGAUAUCUCACAAGUCGAGAUAUUGCAAAUUCCAGGUGUAUUUGCGCUUCUCCGUCAUAUUUACUUGCGUCAAUUAAUUCAGGAAUCGCUGUUAUUCCUCUUUUGAUAUCUCCCAUGAAUAGAAGUCCUCUCCUCUUUACAGGAGACAAAAUAAUUGAAGCAAGAUCUUCAACAAAUGGAUGUAUUGCAUUAUCACAUCAUCCAAAAGAUGUUGGAACAAUCAUUAAUUGUGCUUCCGGUGAAGAUGGUCGCUUAAUUGCAGUUGUUGGCCAAAAUGGAUUUUCAUUAUUUGCCAAAGCAACUGCUAAUUGGCAUACACCUAUUAUCAAAGGAAGGUACCAACUAAAAGAUGUUGAUUUCAUGGAUAAAGUUCUUUGUAUUACAGCUUUAUCACUAAAUGAAGUCAAAUAUGUCCUUUUACUUGCGAAAUCAACAGUUACUCGCAAUCUAGAGAUCAUCAAAACGUUCCCUCUUGAUGGAUGUCCAGUUUCCAUCAGAGCUUCCUCAGAAUCAGUUUGUGUUGCUUACGGAAAGACUGUAAUCAUGGUAGAUGCGCUAUUUAAUCAGACAAAAAUAGUAUUAAAAGAAGAUAUAAUAUGCGCAGAACCUGUCUCUCCAACAACUUGUGUAGUUUUAACCAAAGAUUUUAAUUUACUUUAUUAUGCAAACGAAAAGGAAACAAAACUCCUCUCAAACAUAAUGUCCUUCUUCAUUGACUCGAAGAAUAAGAUAAUCUUCGCUCACAACGAAUUCAAAAUGCUUGCAGCGAAAAUUCCUGAAUUUGAUUUCGUAACAAUCAAAGAAAGUGAAGAUAUACCUAUCGGAAUCAUUCCUGACCUGUUCGCGCUAGUAACUAUUGAACCAGGUUCCACUUUACCACUUCAUCCAGUUCUGACUUACUUCUUCAACAAAAAAUUGAUCGAGGAAGAAAAAAGUGUCAAAAUUAUUUCGAUGUCACCUUUUUCACAAACCAUCUUAAUGCAAAUUGCUGCAAAUGCGAGUAGAGGAGGUAACAUAGGAGAAGUAAUUCCUUUUCUUAAGAAAUUCCCUCAAAAUUGGCCAAUUAUCAUAACAGCCCUUUUAAGAACGCUGGAGCCACCAGACAGGGAAGAAGCGUUCAAGAUAAUUGGUCGUCCAACAGAUUUGUUCUGUGAAUUUACCCAAUGUAAGAUUGAAGAAAAUAAUAAUCAAGAUGCAAAUAUUUCUGAGCGAAUUCCCCAUUUCAUAUGUGAAGAAAAGCCGAAUGAAGAAUGUUUGCAUAGAGGAUCUUUGGUUUUAGAAUUGAUUUUUGCAGGAGAUGGCGUUCCUCCUGCUCUUUCUGCAGCAUUGUUCUUGUUGGAGAAUUCUACUGAUGUUUCUGAUGAUUUCCUUAGAGCUGUAAAUGUUUUUGUUGCUGCUGCAAAGGAAAUUCCAGAGAAACCUCAAGGCUUGACCGAUUUAAUCGAGAAAGCUGAAAAGUUAUUGAAUAAAUGA